CGCUGCCCAGCCGGUCAGGUCCCAGUCACUCGUUUUUCCCUUGCCUACCUCUCCCUGAUCGCCGAUCGCCCGGUUCGCCGGCGCGUGAGCCACUCGCUAUGGUCCGGUUAGAUCUGGUUGCCGCCCUGCUGGCGGCCACGACCCUCGCAGGAGCUGUCGCACCCAACCCGCCCGCCAUCGUCCCGGGCGCGUACAUCAUCGAAUAUGCCGAGGAUCAGGAUACGCAUGCGUUCGUUGCCCAGGAGCUUGGGGGCAAGGCCUCGCUCCGCAAGGACCUGCGCUUCAAGCUGUUCAAGGGCGCCUCGGUCCAGUUCACGGACACUAAGAAUGCCGAGCAGACGGCCGCCGAGGUGGCCAAGCUGCCGCAGGUCAAGAAGGUGUACCCCGUGCGCCGGUAUCCGGUGCCGAGACACGUGGUGCACUCGACGGGCCACGCCGCCGCCGAGAGCGUCGCCAAGCGGCAGGCGGACAGCGACACCUUCUCCACGCACCUGAUGACUCAGGUCAACAAGUUUAGGGACGCGGGGAUCACCGGCAAGGGCAUCAAGAUCGCCGUGAUUGAUACCGGCACCGACUACCUGCACCCCGCGCUGGGCGGCUGCUUCGGCCCGGGCUGCCUGGUCUCGUACGGCACCGACCUGGUCGGCGACGACUUCACCGGCGAAAACACGCCCAAGCCGGACCCGGACCCGCUCGACACCUGCAACGGCCACGGCACGCACGUCGCCGGCAUCAUCGCCGCGCAGACCAACAACCCGUACGGCAUCGUCGGCGCCGCCGCGGACGUCACCCUGGGCUCGUACCGCGUCUUCGGCUGCAGCGGCGACGUCGGCAACGACAUCCUGAUCGCCGCCUACAACAUGGCGUACGAGGACGGCAGCGACAUCAUCACCGCCUCCAUCGGCGGCUCCUCCGGCUGGAGCGAGGACCCCUGGGCCGCCGUCGUGUCGCGCAUCGUCGAGAGCGGCGUGCCCUGCACGGUGUCGGCCGGCAACGACGGCGACGCCGGCGUCUUUUUCGCCUCGACCGCGGCCGACGGCCGCCACGUCACCGCGAUCGCGUCGGUUGAUAACAGCGUCACGCCGGCGCUGCUCACCCGCGCCUCGUACACGGUCAACGGCAGCGCCGCGUCGUCCUUCGGCUAUGCCGCCGGCGAGCCGGCCGCCUGGAACAACAUCAGCCUGCCGCUGUGGGCCGUCAGCUUUAACACGACCGACCCGGCCAACGGGUGCGACCCGUACCCGGACUCGACGCCGGACCUGUCGGGCCACAUCGUUCUGGUGCGCCGCGGCACGUGCACGUUCGUGCAGAAGGCGACCAACGCGGCGGCCAAGGGCGCUAAGUACGUCAUCUUCUACAACAACGUGGUCGGGGCCAGCGCCGUGUCGGCGCAGGUCGACGGCAUCGAGGCCACCGCCAUGGUCACGGCCGACCAGGGCGAGGCCUGGAUCUCCGCGCUGCAGGCCGGGUCCGAGGUCGUCGUCAGCAUGCCGGACCCGGCGACGGCCGGCGUGUUCCUCGAGUACUUCAACGACACGGCCACCGCCGGCUUCCUGAGCGACUACACCAGCUGGGGCCCGACGUUCGAGGUCGAGGUGAAGCCGCAGUUCGCGACGCCCGGCGGCUCGGUCCUGUCGACGUUCCCGCGAGCGCUCGGCUCGUACGCCGUCCUGUCGGGCACCUCGAUGGCGUGCCCGCUGGCCGCCGCCGUCUACGCGCUGCUGAUGGACGCGCGCGGCACCAAGGACCCGCGCACGCUCGAGAACCUGCUCUCGUCGACGGCGCACCCGAACCUGUUCCGGCUGUCCGGCAAGUCGCUGCCGUACCUCGCGCCCGUGCCGCAGCAGGGCGCCGGCCUGAUCCAGGCCUGGGACGCCGCGCAGGCGACCACGCUGCUCAGCGUGUCGAGCCUGUCGUUCAACGACACGGACAACUUCAACCCGGUGCAGAACUUCAGCCUCUCCAACACGGGCAGCAAGCCGGUCACGUACACGCUGAGCAACGUCGGCGCGGCCACGGCCUACACGUUCGCCAACGACACCACCAUCGUGCCUGCGUCGUUCCCCAACGAGCUGACGGGCGACUUCGCGACGCUCGCGAUCGAGCCCAGCACCUUCACGCUGCCCGCGGGCCACCGCCAGGUCAUACAGGUCACGGCGGCCGCGCCCAAGGGCGUCGACACCAAACGGCUGCCCGUCUACUCGGGCUACGUCGCCAUCAACGGCUCGGACGGCUCGGCGCUGUCGCUGCCGUACCUGGGUGUCGCCGGCAGCUUGCACUCGGCCGUCGUGCUCGACGCGGGCAACACGUUCCUCAGCCGCGCGAGCGACAACAACAACACGCCGGUUCGCGCCGACACGACGUUCCUGCUGCCGCCGCCGGGCUUCGCCAACGACACGGCGUACCAGAACACAACGCAGCAGCCCAAGCUGGUGGUCUCGCUGACCAUGGGCUCGGCGCUCGUGCGCGUCGACGUCGUGCCGACGGGCAACUGCUCGACGGCGGCGCGCAACGCGACCGUCGUCUUCGGCACGCGCACGCUCGGCCAGCCCGACGGCCUGCCGUCCUGGUGGAACCCGCGCGGCCAGCUCGAGUACUCGUGGGACGGCAAGCUCGACGACGGCUCCUACGCGCCGCCGGGCGCCUACAAGCUCGCGGUCAAGGCGCUGCGCAUUUUUGGCGACGCCAAGGACGGCAGCGAGUACGACGCGGCCGAGACGGUCCAGUUCCGCAUCAAAUACGCGCCGGCGCCGGCGAAGCUGGCCAGGAGCAGGAGCAAGAGCAGGCGCGGGCGGUGAGCUGGAGCCCGUGGGGCCGGUUACUGUACAUGCACAGUGCACAACAUCGGGCAACAUGUGAGCUCAGGGGCCGGACGGGGAGAUUGGGUGGCGUGCGUUUGAUGAGCGACGAUAGAGCCUAAUACACUUGCUUGAGUGGUUUACGAGGUCCGAAUUUUGCAUCCCUGGUGCGCAUCCGCUUUCGAUCAACUUUGCGUGAAAUGAGG